CCUAGCUUGUUAGUCCUAUAUUUUCAAUCAAAACAGUACAAACAAAACAAAACAUUACUUACGUCUUCACAUAGAUCAUUUGAGAAUUCAUUUAUAUAUUCAUCUUCGUUUAAAACUUCAAUAAUAUCUUAAAGUUAUCCUCAAAAAUAUCUAAGGAUACCAAAACACUAUCAUUUCCUCCUAUAUUAGAAGCCAUUUUGAAAUGAUCGUGCACUAUCAAGGUAUUUGAGAAUCCUUUGAAGUUUGCCGAUCUUCCGAACCAGUGUUUUUUCUAUUAACUAUGAUUCGGAAAAGUGCGGGCGGUUCCAGGGGACAGCCGUCAAUUUUAUUCGAAAGGUUGCCCGAACUCGCCCUUUUAUAUGCGGGCAUCAGCACCCUCUUCUAGCUAAAGCAUGGGUCUUCACAGCAUGUCUUCUUUUAUGCAAAAAAGUAAUGUGUUAAAAAAUAAUACAGAAUACCUUUCUUUAUAACACAUAAUGAUAAUAACCAAUCUCAGGGCUUAUAUAAAAGUAUUUUUUUCUUUUAUUGGAAAUGAAUAUGUAACAGAAAAUAUCAUACAAAACGAUAUAUUUUGCCUUUUUCUUUCUUUAUUUCUAAAAUGUAUGUCCACGAAAACGUUUUAAAAUAUUUUUGGACUCUCUAGAUGUUGAUUGUUUCUUUUGAUAAGCACACUAAUGCGACAUAUCCACGGAAAAACACAUGUGGUAAACUUUUAAUCAAAAUAUUGUGUAAUAACGUGAUAUUAAAUUUCCUUUAGCAAAUUAGACUUUAAACAGAAAAGUUAAUUCCUUGAUUUGAAGGUGUUUUUUUCACAAGGUUUUCCUUACUUUAGAGACCAUUUACAUGAAACCCAAAGUAAAAUAAAAUGCGUGGUUUGGAGCAUAGCUCAGACAAAAAUAAAAAAGAUUGAAAUUCAACCCGAAUUAAAGUAUUUGCAAACAGUUGCACGUUUUAGUGUUGUGUGGAAUUUACCAUUGGCUUGAUUUCUUUGCGGUCUUGUACUGUUGGACACAACUGCCAGAAAUAAUCUGUAUGCCUGACAGUUUUAAAAAGAAUGUAAUAUAAUCACUUUUUGAGUGGAACAAACGGUCAGUUACAAUGGGUCAAGAGCAAAGCGCAUCAGCCAUAAACAAUGCAGGAGUUAAACCUGCACAUGUUAAACAAAGAGCCAACUUAAAAGACAUUGUUGUUGUUUCAAGCAAACUUCCUGAAAACCAAAAUGAAUUGUUGGAUGAAGAUAUCGCAAACAUCGAGGCUAUAACUCUCUCAAGACCAAUUCUUCAAAAUUUGUCUGGGGAGUUAGACUAUAGCAAAAUACCUAGACUUAAUUCUGGUCCAUUAACUGAAAUGAUUUUGCGCUAUCAAUUCCAUUUAACAGAAUGUGCAGAGGCCGUGUCAUUUGAUCAAAAUGUACUGUCAAAGCGGAUCAAGGAACUGGACUCUUUAGCAUCAAAAGUCAAUAAGAAUUUAAAUGAGCAUCAAAAGAACAUUGAUCAUGCUAUAAACCAGUUACAGAAAGUUACAGAGGUCUCGACAAUGCUAAAAAGGAUUGAAAUAAACCUAAAACAAACUAAGCAGUUAUUUGUAGUCUUGAAUGAACAACUGCCAACAAGAGAUCAAAUAAAAGAUCCAGAAUACCAGAAUAUUGAUAGACAGUCUACCAUAAAUUAGUAUAUCUCUCCUUCUCUAUGUUUAUAACAAUUAUAUAUAUAUAUAUAUAUAUAUAUAUGUAAUUAAUUAAUUUAUUAUAAAUUCUGUUUUAUUGUUUUUAUUGUUAUAUUCACACAAUUUUUUUAACUUUUGUAUACUUUUCAAUUUUCAGACUGUUUACUUUUACACAAAACCUAAAGUAAAAUCAAACUGGUACAAGAUUUCCUUGUAGAGACUUUACACUGAAAUAGAAAUGGGUGGUUUUCAAGAGCUAGAAGCAUAGCUGAGACAAAAAUAAAAAAGAUUGAAAUUGAACCUGAAUUGAACCAUUGUGAAAACAGUUGCACUUUUUAAUGUUGGGUGGAAUUUAAAAUUGACCUAAUUCUUUUCAAUCUUAUGUAAACAGCCUGUUAUUUAAAUUUUUAAUAAAAAGCUUAAAAAAUAGAAAAACUAUAGUUUGUUUCUUUCAAAAAGUGAUAUAUCCCGUUAAUUUUAAAACUGUCAGGUAAAAGGAUUAUGGCAUAUAGGUUUACUUGCCUGGUAUUAUUAUAUUUUAUAUAAUUAUCAAACUGUUUUCCGUUUUGGUAAUAUAGGUGUAAAAAUUUGUUUUUUUGUUUUUGUAUGGCAUGAGAAGUGACAACACUAAUAUCUAAAAUUCAAAGUAACAAAUUACUCUUUCUAUUUUUGGUUGUAGCUUUUAGUUCGAGUGAAAGUUAAACAAAAAAAGAGCAUUUUAGGCACAAAAAAUGACCGAAUUAACAAAAAAAGUUAGCAAGCCUAGAAAAAGAAGAAAAAAGCGAAUUCCAAAACAUCCAUUAGAGUUUGUUGAAAAUCCAUAUGAUGGAGAAUUGCAUUCAGAAAACCAAAUAAAUACUGGUGAACCUGUUGAGGUUCCUACUUUAAAAAUUGACUUUCGUACUUCUUCACAGUGGGUAUCACCACAAGUCAAUGACGAAAAUAUCCCAAAAAGAUGCUUACGCUCUUCCAUGAGAACAAGAAGAAUUAAUAGAAAGAGUGGUAGAGUAAUAAAAAAAACUUUAAAUACACGUUCAACAACUCUGUUGGAAAAGUCUUGUAUAAAGCUGCAUAAACAAAGUGCAAAUUCAACUUUAAACAAUACAGAACCAGGACUUCCAAGUAAUGUUUCAACACCUGACGAAUUGGAGAAUUUUAAUUUCAAUCGUGCUACACCCACUAUGCCAAGAAGAAAGCCAUUACAUUAUUUAUUUAAUGGACAAACACCUGUGUUAAAGGACUUUGUUAUUUUGGUUGAGAAUACACCACUAUGAUA